AUGAGGGUAGAAGGGUACAUGGUGUUUAUAUGGUUUUUAUCGUCGAAUGCGGACGGCAGUCGACAUCGGAGUCGCUUCCAACAACCCCCCAACGAACCUGAACAACACGAGUCUUUGCCACCAGGAGGACCGAAUGUUUGCCGAUCUAGGACGAAUACGUACUGCUGUCCAGGUUGGGAAAAACACAACUCUCUAGGCCUCUGUAUAAUACCUGUGUGUUCAAGGACAUGUGGACAAGGACAUUGCGUGUCCCCAAAUGUGUGCCUAUGUGAUGGAGGCCAAAGGGCCUCUAGCUGUCCAGGAUACAAUCAAAUACAGGGAGCUGAUGGUAAAUCAUGUCGAGCAAUUUGUAUGAACGGAGGAUCCUGUGUUGACGGAAAAUGCGUCUGCGCAACAGGCUAUUCAGGAGAAUUCUGCACAGAACCAAUAUGCACAGAUCCAUGCAAGAACGGAGGAAGAUGCAUAGGACCAGAUAGGUGUGCUUGCUUCUAUGGAUUCUCUGGGAAUCACUGUGAAAUUGAUUACAGGACCGGACCAUGUUACACGGGCUACCGCGGCAACUUGUGCGUCAAUCAGCUAGAGGGCGUCGUGUGCACGAAGAUCCUGUGCUGCGCCACGGUGGGCAAGGCGUGGGGCCACCCCUGCCAGCAUUGCCCCUCCAGGCUGGAGUGCGACACUGGCUUCCUGAAGAACAUCAAGACCAACGAGUGCGUCGAUAUAAAUGAAUGUGAAGCAAUUCCUCACCUGUGUGCUGGUGGUACUUGCGUGAACUCCGUCGGAUCUUUCACCUGCCAAUGUCCUCCAGGACAAUCCAGAAACCCUGCGACCAACAGAUGCGAAGACCAAGACGAAUGCGAGGAAGAAAAUAUCUGCGAGAAUGGUCGAUGUGUCAACACCAAUGGCGGCUAUUUCUGUCUGUGUAAUCCAGGGUUCAUACAGAGCCAAGAAAAAACAUAUUGUAUCGAUGGUAGGCAGGGAUUAUGUUAUACACAUAGGACAGAGCAAGGAUAUUGCAGCAACAGCUUGCACAUGCGCUUAUCAAAGAAGGAUUGUUGUUGUGGAGUCAACAUGGGUCAAGGUUGGGCGAUGUACGAUGAGGAAGAGUGCAUGCGAUGUCCAGAGUUUGGAGAAGAGGACCAUCGGAGGCUGUGCGAGGCCCCCGCUCACCCGCAUCCCUUCCCUGAGCCUGGCGGCUUCGACCUGAGACCAGGAGAGAUCCCCGGCGUGGAUCAGGUGGGCCAGAUCAGCGUGAACGAGUGCAUCCUGAGGCCGGGCAUCUGCGGCAAGGGCAGGUGCAUCGACACCGUGCAGGGGUACGAGUGCAUAUGCGACGCAGGGUACCGUCUGGGAAAGUCACAAGUUUGCGAAGAUAUUGACGAAUGCAGAGAAGGCAAGUGCCUGAACGGCAGAUGCACCAACCUCCCUGGCAGCUUCUCUUGCGUGUGUCCACCCGGUUUCGAUGUCUCGCCAGAUGGAACUAUGUGCACCGACCACGACGAGUGCACUGAGAUCGGCAUGUGCACGAACGGCGCAUGCGUCAACAUGGACGGCAGCUUCAAGUGUCACUGCAAAGCCGGUUUCAAGUUGUCUGCCACCGGGUUCGCCUGCAUAGAUGUUGACGAAUGCCAUGAAAACCCAAGAAUAUGUCUGAACGGACGAUGUCAGAACACUCCAGGAUCAUACACUUGCGCCUGUUCACCUGGAUUCGUAGAAUCCAAUGACAGGACUUUCUGCAGUGAUUUGGAUGAAUGUGCAUCCACAGGGAUGUGCGACCACGGCAAAUGCAUCAACAUGGAGGGCUCCUUCCGGUGCGUGUGCGACUCCGGGUACCGAUUGGGCCCGGAUAGCCGGCACUGCGUCGACAUCGACGAGUGCGUCAACAGCCCCUGUCAGUCUGGCACCUGCUCCAACACGGCCGGCAGCUUCCGAUGCGAGUGCCACGCCGGCUUCAGUCUGGGACCGGACGGCAGGUCGUGCUUGGACACGAGAAGGGAUCUGUGCUAUCAGGAAUACAGAGACGGACUCUGCUUCAACCCGUCCACCACAGCUGUCACCAGAUCGAGCUGCUGCUGCUGCACGAUCAUUUCCGGCAAGCCCAUGGGCUGGGGCACCACUUGUCAACCGUGUCCUAUGCCGGGGACCACCGACUUCGACUCACUCUGUCCGCACGGUCCUGGAUCAACCUUCGAUGGAAACGACAUUAACGAAUGUGCGCAAAAUCCGAAUAUUUGUUCAAACGGAGCUUGCGAAAAUAUGAUCGGAACUUACAGGUGCAUCUGUAAUCCAGGGUUCGAAGUGGAUGAAAGUGGAAAAAUAUGCACAGAUAUAAAUGAGUGCGAAGUCGAAGAAUUGGUUUGCAGCGGCGGCCAGUGCCGUAACACGCCAGGCAGUUUUCAGUGCAUCUGCCCUACGGGCACGCAGCUGAACGCUAGGAACUUCGUGUGUGAGGACGUCGACGAGUGUCGCGAAUUGGGACCAGAGGCGUGCUUCAACGGCGAGUGCGUCAACGUGCACGGCUCCUACAAGUGCGAGUGCGACGCCGGCUCUGUGUUGGACAACACUGGCCGCAUCUGCAUCGACAACCGCAAAGGCAGCUGCUGGACGACGCUGAACCGCGGCCGGUGCGAGAACGACCUUCCGCGCACCAGCAAGCGCGCCGAGUGCUGCUGCUCGGUAGGCGUGGCAUGGGGCUCGCCGUGCGAGCGCUGCAACCGACACGAGUGCGACUGCGCCCGAGGGUACGCGAAGGCCGACGGCAAGACGUGCUCGGACAUCGACGAGUGCGCGAUGAGCCCGGACAUUUGCCGGGGAGGAGGGACUUGCGUCAACACGGACGGGAGUUUCACGUGCUCGUGUCCGCCUGGGCUGACGUUGGACUCGACCAGAACAAAGUGUCUGGACAUCAGACAAGAGCAGUGCUACACUCGGUACAAGCACGGCAAGUGCGUCAACCCUGUGGACGGUUCCUUCUACAAGAACUUGUGCUGCUGCACGCAGAUCGGCAAGGCGUGGGGCGAACGGUGUGAAGCGUGUCCUCGACCGGGUACGGCCGCCUUUUCGGAGUUGUGUCCCAAGGGGCUCGGGUAUUUGGACAAAAAUGACAUCAAUGAGUGCACUGAGUUUCCGGGAAUGUGCCAAAACGGCCGAUGCAAGAAUACUAUUGGUGGAUACAGUUGCAAAUGCAAUAAGGGCUAUGAUUUUGAUGACGGCAAAAUUAAGUGUAUAGAUAUCGAUGAAUGCAACCUGACAACAGAAAACGUUUGUGGCAAUGGCGUUUGCAAGAACAUUCCAGGAGACUUUAUUUGCGACUGCAAUGAAGGAUACAGGACUAUGGCACCUAUGCAAAUAUGUAUGGAUAUCGAUGAAUGUGAGGAAAUUCCGGGCUUAUGCAGAGGCGGUAGAUGUUUGAACACAGAAGGCUCCUACAAAUGCGACUGUCCCAUUGGUCAUGAGCUGUCGCCGGACAAGGAUUCCUGCAAAGAUAUCGACGAGUGCUCGAGGUCCAGUGGAAUAUGCUCCAACGGUGUUUGCGAGAAUAUGAUGGGAACUUACCAGUGUAUCUGCAACGAGGGGUAUAGACAAACAGGACUCAAGUCUCACUGCGAAGAUAUCGAUGAGUGUGAAGACGAACCCUGCGACGACAUUUGCGUCAAUACCCCCGGCAGCUAUUCUUGCUCUUGUGGAUCCGGCUACACCCUGAACUUGGACGGGAAAUCGUGUGCGGAUAUCGACGAGUGCAAGGACAACCCAAGGAUAUGCUAUGGCGGCAAGUGUACGAAUACGUUGGGGAGUUAUAUCUGCCAUUGCACUGAGGGACUUUUGGCUGGACCUAGUGGUACUUCUUGCAUAGACAUUGAUGAAUGCAAGCAAAACCCGAACAUCUGCGGAGCUGGUGAAUGCGUCAACACUCUCGGAUCAUUCCACUGUAGAUGUGAAGAGGGUUAUUCAGUGAAACCAGAUGGAGGACCACAAUGCACCGACGAGGACGAAUGCUAUUUGGCGAUUUACAAUUGCGAUGACAAUGCUGAUUGCAUCAACAACCCUGGCUCCUACCAAUGCCGAUGUCAGGACGGCUUCACCGGCAACGGCAUCAAAUGCCGCGACAUCAACGAAUGCCUGACGAACAACGGCGGCUGCGACCAGAACGCUCAAUGCCUCAACAACGACGGCUCUUUCAGGUGCGAGUGCGAUGCGGGCUUCAAGGGCGACGGAUACGCUUGCGCGGACAUCGACGAGUGCUCUAACGACCCGGCCCUGUGCGAGAAUGGGCAAUGCCUGAACUUGCCUGGGUCUUUCCGGUGCGAGUGCGAGAUGGGGUUCAUGCAUCCCGGCGAGGGCAGCGAUCAAGCGUGCGUCGAUAUUAAUGAAUGCGACAUGUUCAGCAACCUCUGCGUGUUCGGCAAGUGCGAAAACAACUUCGGCUUUUUCCGGUGCGAGUGUCAGGACGGCUAUAAACUGGACGGUUCCGGAGGCAACUGCACGGAUAUUGACGAGUGCGAAAGUCCGCAAUCUUGCCUCUACGGAGAAUGCACCAACAUCGAGGGCAGUUUCAGGUGUUUGUGUCCGCCCAAUCACGAGUUGGUGUCAGAAGGAAACGCCUGCAUCGACAGAAGGACUUCUAGAUGUUUCUUGCAAGUGGACGGUCCAGGAAGAUGCUCAGCACCGACUGCUGACUACGUCACCAAAGCUUCUUGUUGCUGCUCGGUGGGCCAAGGUUGGGGACCGCACUGCGAUCUUUGUCCCGCUCCUGACAGUGUGGAAUAUCAGCAGCUCUGUCCUGGUGGAAUGGGGUAUAAGCCCAAUGACAUCACGGUGGUUCUGGAAGACAUCAACGAGUGUGAGGACCACAAAAACAUCUGCCAGAACGGGCACUGCACCAACACCUUCGGCAGCUUCAUGUGUUCCUGCAACGAGGGUUACCGACUGGAUCAGGCGGGCUACAUGUGCGUGGACGUCAACGAGUGCCUGGAGAACCCAAGCAUUUGCAACGUCGGACAGUGCGUCAACGAGCCCGGAAAGUACUAUUGUCAGUGUCCGGAAGGCUACAUGCCUCUACCCGGAAGAAGAGAAUGUGUUGACAUGAGGAAAGACAUCUGCUUCUUGAACUACAGCAGAUGGAGGUGUUCUACUCCGAUGACUCAGAAUCAAACGAAAAAAGUUUGCUGCUGCUCGAUGGGACAAGCGUGGGGACAACCGUGUGAGCCUUGUCCUAUUCCAGGAAGCGCUGACCACAUCGGCCUUUGCGGAGUGAGACCCGGCCAGAUCGUCAACCCGAUGACCAACGAGACCGUCGAGCUGGACGAGUGCGAGCUGAUGCCCUCGAUGUGCAAACACGGCCAGUGCAUGAACACGCCCGGCAGCUUCGAGUGUAUGUGCGACCGCGGGUACGUCUACGACGAGAGCUCGCACCAGUGCAUCGACGACAAUGAGUGUCUGAGGAACCCGUGCGAGGGCAACGCUCGCUGCAUCAACUUGCCGGGCAGCUUCGAGUGCCGGUGUCCAGAAGGUUACAAACAUGGCAGCACGUUCAUGGAUUGCGUGGACAUCGACGAGUGCCUGGAGCAGCCAAAUUUCUGCCAGAACGGCGAGUGCAAGAAUCUUCAGGGCAGCUUCCAGUGCCUCUGUCCCACCGGCUAUCUGCUGACGUCGGUGCGCGACACGUGUCUGGACGUGGACGAGUGCCAGCGGCACCCGAACAUCUGCAACAACGGCACGUGUGUGAAUCUGCUGGGAUCGUACAAGUGCCAUUGCAACGCCGGGUUCAAGCUGAGUAAUAACAACGAUUGCGUUGACAUAGAUGAGUGCCAUAUGAUGCCGUUCCUGUGCAGAAACGGUAGGUGCAGGAACACGCUGGGGUCCUUUUAUUGCGAGUGUGCCACAGGAUACUCUCUGACUCACGACAAGCACAACUGCAGAGACAUUGAUGAGUGCCAAGAGACUCCAGGAGCGUGCCCUCCGCCGGGCAAGUGCACGAACGUGAUGGGCUCGUUCGUGUGCAGCUGUCCCGAGGGCUACGAGCUGGGCGAGUCGAGCCGUGUGUGCGAAGACGUCGACGAGUGCGUCGAGAACGUCGGCAUCUGCGAGAACGGCGUCUGCUCUAACACGGACGGCGGCGCCGUCUGCACCUGCCAGGAGGGGUUCAUUCUCCAUCAGGGUACCAUGAGGUGUAUCGAUGUGAGACAAGAGCAAUGUUACGACGAGUUCGAGAGGGGUAGGUGUUCGGACCCGAGAGGGAUGAGCAUCACUGCGAAGGAGUGUUGUUGUUCCAAAGGGGCGGCCUGGGGAAGGUAUUGCGAAAGGUGCCCAGCCGAAGGGUCAGCCGAGUUCCAGAGAAUGUGCCCCGAAGGACCUGGUCGCAUGGACACCGGCAGCGACCUGAACGAGUGCGAACUGAUGCCGGAGGUGUGCGACGGAGGCGAGUGCGUCAACACGGAUGGUUCUUUCCGGUGCGACUGUCCUCGAGGGUAUGUACUCGACACGUCGGGUAAGAAGUGCAUCGACGAGGACGAGUGCGUCACGACGCCGACAGUGUGUGGAAACGGCACGUGCACCAACGUCGUCGGAGGAUUUGAGUGCAGCUGCAGAGACGGAUUCGCCCCUGGGGCGUUGCAGGUUUGUGAAGACGUGAAUGAAUGUUUCGAAAUUGGAAACCAAUGUGCCUUCAGGUGCCACAAUGUUCCUGGUUCAUUCAGAUGUAUCUGUCCAUAUGGAUACGCCUUAGCACCAGAUGGUAGACACUGUACAGAUGUCGAUGAAUGCAGUACACCGGCGAACAACUGCAGAUUCAUGUGCAAGAACCUGAUAGGCUCGUUCAUGUGCAUAUGCCCGGCCGGGUACAGUCAAGUGGGUCUGUCCGACGACUGCCAAGACAUCGACGAGUGCGCCGAUCCGACCCUGUGCCAGAACGGUCGGUGCCGCAACCUCGAUGGGUCCUACGUGUGCGAGUGCCACGAAGGAUUCGAGCAUACUGCAGACCGGAAACGAUGCGUCGAUAAGAGACAGGGCUCGUGUUUCAAACAAUUGGUAAACGGCAGAUGCAGAGCCACAUUAGGCGAGACAGAGUCGAGAAUGACAUCGACGAUGGCGGACUGCUGCUGCUCCAUGGGGGAGGCGUGGGGGCCACAGUGCGAGCUGUGCCCUCCGAGGUAUUCGCCGCAAUACCAGGAGCUGUGCUUGGACAGCGGAUAUCUAGUGGACGGAACAGAUAUCAACGAAUGUGAAACGAUUGCUGAUCUGUGCCACAAUGGUAGGUGUAUCAACACCAUGGGCUCUUAUAGAUGCAUCUGCAAUAAGGGAUUCAAACCCGAUGUCUCUGGACUAUACUGCUUAGAUAUCAAUGAAUGCCUUACCAACACCUCGCACUGCCAAUACACCUGCCACAACACCGAGGGUGGCUACACGUGCUCCUGCCCGGGCGGCUUCCUGCUGAACGCUGACGGCGCCACCUGCCGCGACCUGGACGAGUGCUCCACUGGCCAACACGUCUGUCAGCAGAACUGCAUCAACACCGACGGCAGCUACCGGUGCUCCUGCGAGGAGGGGUAUACGCAGAUCGGAGACAACUGUCACGAUAUCAAUGAAUGCGAAGAAGAAGGCUGCUGCCCCAAACCAGGCAGGUGCGUGAACACCCUAGGCAGUUUCAAAUGCAUCUGCCCAAGGCGUUUCAAGCUGGAUCCGACAGGACAUUAUUGUAUAGAUGUCGAUGAGUGUAGCGACGAUACCAAAUGCAGCGAGGGAUGCCAAAAUCUUGUCGGAGGUUACAGAUGUGAUUGUCCUCAAGGGUACGCUCUCCAUCCUUAUUAUAAUCAGUGUGUCGAUGAGAAUGAAUGUCAAAACAGUCCGUGCGGUAGCAGCAGCAGCUGUUUCAAUACCCCAGGAAGUUACAGGUGUGGAUGCCCUGAUGGAUACCAGUUUGAUAAUCAUCUUAACAUUUGCAUUCAGGUGAGUGCCGGUUGCAUCGGGGCUUCCUGCUCGUUCGGCUGCACCACGACCGGAGGCGGCUACCUGUGCGGCUGCCCUCAGGGCUACAAGCGCAUCGGCCAAGGUCACUGCCUGGCCACCAUAACGCCUGCCUACGGGGGCUACGGCGAGGACAUUGGGGACGUGCCCGUUUAUCCCAUAGACGACCAACACGCCAUCGGGUCUAAGGAUAAGUUAAUCACCACGGAGGGCUGUUUCUCUUGCAGAAUAAAUGGAAGACAUAGACGAGCCAUCAGGCAUAUGAGGAUGCGCAGAUCUUUACAAAAUAAAACCAUGGAAGUAUUACUCCACCAUAGGAGAAUAAGAAGUAACGAACAUGAUGAUGACCGAAUCGAGCUGAAUCUGAGUUUGUCUCAAACUAAACACAGAAUGAGGAUAGUGAAACUGCAACCUGCAGUAAAGACCGAGAUGACGUACGAGAUAGCACAAGGCAAUGAUAAGAACAAACUCGAGCUCAUUAAGAAAAAUGGCGUGUGGGCUUUGCACUUCAAGAGGCGACUGAAACACGCAGAAACCUUCGAUUUGGUGGUUCAAGGUCGACCAAUAAACACGAUCAGCGAACACGAUCCUUACGAAAAGCCGCUGUUGCUGAGAAUUCGCAUCGUGGUGUCCGAGGACGCACGGGAGAAGAAGGAAUGA